CUGUUCUGCUUUGCUUUGCAGCAGCACCCUCAUCCAUCCAUCCUGCCCGCUCUUCCUUAUCUUCCGUUUCCCGCGCGUUCUAUAAAGACAGACAGACAUUUCCCUGCAGUGCUGCAUGCAAGAGAGGGUGCAAGUGCGCCAAAAAAGUGGGAGUGACCCUUCUCUCAUGUCAUCCUGCGGUUUGAUGCGACCAGACAGGCACGAGAGACGUCCGUCUUAUGCAAAUUUUAGGACCUUAACGCGAUUUCGGUUGGAGUGUUUCCCAUAAUCCCUAUCGGAAUUCGCUAUUGUGAGUGUUACAAGGACGUUCACUCGACAAGACGGCUCGUAAAACGCUCAAAGACGACAUCAAUGGACUCAUAAGAAGGAUGGGCAAUUCUACGAAGGCAACAGUUUCAUGUUUCGGACCGAAAAUUUUUAAGAGAGACUUGAGGCCACGCAUCAACCAUCAGAUUGCGGUGUCAGAAGGGCAAUGGUGACACAGUUUCAUGCUUUGGACUGACGGACUUUAGGGGCCACACAUCAACCAUCAGAUUGCGCUCCACUCACUCCAGUGCCUCUCGGCAGUUUUCCUAACUAUGACGCACAUCCGCAUAAACAAAAAUAAACGCACGUGUAUCUAUUUUGAUCCGGUGAACAGGAUUAAUUUCCAGCCGCACGCUUAUGCAAACACGGAAAUAUGAAGACGGGUGAGAGUCACAAAGUGAUCCCUUGCGAUGACAACAACAGCCGCCCUCGAUGUCCUCAUGGACCAAUGUUGCUGUUUGAGAAAACGUGCGGCUCAAAAUCGACGAGGUUUUUCGCUUGUGCAGCUUUCAGGUCGCGAAACGAAUGCCAGUUUUAUCUACCAGCUGACCAAAAUAUUCCUAAAAAGAAAAUCUCCGAGCUCGAAGAGCGGUGCAAGACGUUUGUCAAAAUCUCAAUUUUGGAUAAGAAUCAAAGGCUCAAGAAUCUAACUAAAAAUAAUAAAGUAAAUUCAAACAUCUUCUGCCAUUCAUGCACUAAUUUGAUUACUUCCUCUGAAGUAAAUGUAGGUCAUAAAGGUCAUAAUAUUGAAGCAAGUGUUUCCUUAGAAAACCUCAAAAAGCCUACAAGGCUUUUGCGGUCACUGAAAGAGACAACCAAAGAGGCCCAAUACUUUUUCUCCGAGCAAAGCUCCAGAUUUAUCCUAUCAACCCUGAGCAGACUUGGAGCAAGAACUGUUAUUUCAAUCGGCACUCCAUCCCUCGUAGAGAAACUUGAACCAACCAAAAAUUUUUACUUGCUAGAUUUUGACUGGAGAUAUGGAGUUUUUUAUGGUGAACAGUUCAGCUGGUACAACAUGUUCAAUCACCACUUUUUGGAGACAGUCGAAGACUCAAAUGGUCUUGAAAGCAAGGCUAGAUUUGGGAGUUUCUUGAACAAUUUACCAAAGGAAGAGCCUGUUUGUAUUCUACUUGAUCCUCCUUUUGGUGGAAGGGUCGAGCCUAUUGUUUGGACGCUAAAGAAAUUGGUCUCUGAGAUUCGAGAAACGGGUUGCGUUGGAGAUGUGUACUUUCUCUGGGUGUUUCCCUACUUCAUGGAGCCAUACAUAGUUAACUCUCUUCCAGGAACCUCAAUGCUUGACUACAGGAUUGAUUACGUUGACCACAAAAUGUUUAAUUCUGCAAGCAGACGAGGAAGAAAAACUGGAUCUCCAGUAAGAAUAUUCACUAAUGCUCCUUUGCAUUUGAUUGUCCAUCCGGUGGAGGAGGGAUAUCAGUUUUGCAAAGAGUGCCAGAAGUAUGUUCACGAGAGCAACAAACACUGCAACUUCUGUGGCACCUGCCCUUCCAAGGCUGGUGGAACCUACAAGCACUGUGAUAAAUGUGAAAGGUGUGUUAAGCCUAAUUGGUUACACUGUGCGUCAUGUUCAAAAUGUGUAACCAAAACUCAUGAAUGCUUAUUGAAGAAAAGGAAGGAACCCGACGUGCUUUUCGCUAAGAAUCGAAAGAAACAGGCAAAAAAGUAACAAAUGUAAGGAAAAAGAAUUUAAAAAUUAAAUUUUGGGCAUUGUAGACUGAGAUUUUAUACAAAAUAUAUGUUAAACAAAAGUGUAAUGAGCAUAAAUUGCGUAAUUAAUAACUGACAAUUUCCAAAAUAAUCAAGCUGAUUACAAAAUCAGUUUCUUCGGUUGUUCCCAAGGGAAGAUGUCUCGACCAAAGUGGCCAUAAGCACUGGUCUGCUGGUAAAUCGCAUUCCUCAAAUUCAGUUCCCUAAGUAAAAAUCCAAUUAGAAUUAUUUUGGAUUAUCUUUUUUUAAUCAAAUACUUGACGAUCUUGCCAGGACGCAAAUCGAAGUUUUUCUUAACAAUAUUCAGCAGCUCCUCGGGAGUUUUGUCAGAGGUGCCGUAGUCGAAGACUGAAAUCGACAGAGGCUCGGCGACUCCAAUAGCAUAGGAAACCUUAAAUCAUUUGAAAUUUUAAUGUAACAUAUUUUCUGGAAAUAUUUAUGUACCUGCACAAGGCAGCGCUUGCAAAGCUUUGCCUUAAUCAGGGACUUGGCCACCCAUCUAGCAGCAUAGGCAGCAGACCUGUCCACUUUGGUAAAGUCCUUGCCGGAAAAGGCACCGCCACCGUGAGCUCCCCAGCCGC